AUGUCAAGUACAACCGAUUAUUUGGCCAACUUUACGCUUAUUCUGCGAGGCUGUCAUUCCAGAAUGAGGCUCCUACCGACGUCCAGGUCGAGAAGGGACAUUGAAGAUCGGUUGCAUUUCACGCGCGAUCCGGUAUCCCAUCUGAUUAGUGUCGCUUCCAGUUGCAUUGGCCAGGUGAAACUCGAUUUCAAAUUGAUACAAUUGAUGCAGCAAUUUGUCAAAAUCCCAUAA